GGACCAAAGCAGGCAAGUUUCAUUCAUGCGCUUUUGAGACACAUUUCCUAUCAUAUAAGCACAAACGCACAUUACAUCGUUUUUGGGUAAUCUCUGUGGAGGGCAUCAUAUACUCAGCCUCUCAAACCUGCAGCCACCCUGAGAGGCAAGUCAGGCAAUGCAACACACUCUAACCUACAGGUGCUCUAUCUGUCUACAUGACAAACUGUACAGACAGAGGUAAAGAGACACAAUCCAGACUAAAGAAGUGUUUUCUGUCAAGUAUCUGUUUCAGUAUUUUUACUCGAGGGCACAGCUUUACAAGCUUGCAAAAGGCUGAGGCUGCAUGGAGCUCUCUGGGGACUCCGGAUGGAUGAUGUUGCCCAUGGCGGAUUUGGACGCUUCUCACGCUGGCUUAGGGCAAGGCACCGGGUACAUUGAACCAUCACUAUUGUCCCUGGAGGAAGUAGAUGGAUUUCUUAGUCAUAUAGAUUCUCCAGGACAUCCUUAUUUUCACACACACACAUCUAACCCUCAAGCGCGAACGUCGUACAGCCAAGUUCCAGGUCGUUUGUACGGUGGUUCUGUGCGCCACCCUCACUUUCUUCACACGCAAGCUUACCCUUGGAUGGAGGGCAGUAAAUCGAGUACUUCUGUGGUCCAGCAACCCGUGACCUGGUCACAGAGUCAUUUAGGAAAGCCUGCUGCUGGAACUUCGCUCGGGAUCUCGUCGGUGCAUCCAGGCCCAUGCGCUCAUGGCUCGGCCCCCGUAGCCACGCGUUGCACCACGCAGUUCUACUACUUGCCUCCUACACCGCCCACUGCCGCUGCUCCGGAGCCGGACGUCACAAAGUAUCCUGCAGUUAUUCUUGAUGGGACAAAGAUGCAGACCACAGUCCCUCUCCAGAGUUGUACGGCGCACGAUGCGGCUCCUGUGCGUCCGUUUCCAGCGUAUGCGUUAGCAGGAACGCGCGAGCACGCGGCGGGUCUGUUCUGCAGGGCCAUGGGGGAAUUAACGGCCAAAUCAAAGACCAAGGGACGUACUGGUUCGGAAGGCCGUGAGUGUGUGAACUGUGGGGCCACCUCCACUCCAUUGUGGCGACGAGAUGGCACAGGCCAUUAUUUGUGUAAUGCAUGUGGACUUUACCACAAGAUGAAUGGCCAAAACCGACCUCUCAUCAGACCCAAACGUCGACUGUCAGCAGCCAGGAGAGCAGGUACUUGCUGUGCAAACUGCCACACGGGCACCACCACACUGUGGAGACGUAACACCAAUGGAGAUCCGGUUUGCAACGCCUGUGGACUCUACUACAAGCUGCACAAUAUGAACCGCCCACUCACUAUGAAGAAGGAAGGUAUUCAGACUCGCAACAGAAAAAUGUCCACCAAAUCUAAACGAAGGAGAGGCGAGAGCUCUCACCAAUUUCACUUCAGCAGAUUUAUGCAGGAUAAACCACAUGCCUUCAACCAAAUCACCAAUAUUCCUGCCCAUGUAAACAUGACACCACCUGUCGAGUUUUAUCCAGCCUUCAGCCACAUGCACCAUGCUAACUUGUUAACUGCCAUGAGCUGAGCACCAAGCAGAGGUGUUUUUGUUCAGUAGUGAAAUUACAGAGACAUUUAUUUAAGUGCUUAACAAAUAUGCAGUGAUAUGUUUUU